UUAAUAUUUUUCGGAAUCCAGUUGGCUUUUACAAAAUUGUAAUAGUAUUCAGAUGUGUUAAUAUUCAUUGGAGAAAAAGGCACAGUCAUUAACUAUGUGUAUUUACUAAACGAUAAUACUUGGAUUUUCAUUGCAAAUAUUUAAAGUUUCUUUCAAAAUUAAGCGACGUUCGAGAACGCCUCAAGCGACAAAAUACAUUGAUUAGUUUGCAAUAAGAUUCUAACCAGGAUGGCUUGUCGCUGCAAGUACUUUAUAAAAAUACUGAACAAAUGCUGCUUUUGCUUCUCGCUGCGCACAGGCACGUUACUCUUAGGUUGCAUAUUCCUGACCUGGUUCGUGUACCUAUGUCUGGGCAGCGCCUUUAUGAUGGAGUGCAUCUUCCCCAAUGAAUACCAGCGGGAGACAUACGGACCUCCUGCAGCACCAAAGACUACCAUGGUCUUCUCGUUCUUCGGCAUCGCUGCAUCAGCAAUGGUCUGCAUUGGCGUGCACAACAAUAACGAGCUGAUGUUCGUACCGUUUUUGGUGCUAGCUCCGAUCUACAUUUUUGUACACAUACUGGCUAUGAUUGUCUAUAGCUUUGUCUGGGUCAUAGUUAUUCUCUUCAUCAUCACAAUAGUUGUAUUAAUCUAUGCAUGGAUUAUCAUAUAUUCCUACUUCUCGGAACUGCGCUAUGCCUACGAUGAUGAACUGCCCCAUACGUACAUCUGAACAUUAAAUAACUAAAUUCUUCCGUUGGAGCUGUUUUUUUUUCCUUUUGAUAUAGUUGCUAUAAUACAAAUUACGUAUGUGAAAUAUCAGAAUUGUCUGUAAUUAAUUAAACUGAGUCGCGAAGCAGAUAUAUUACAAUAGUUUUC